AUCUUAAACAUAAAAGGGCAUAUCCCAGAUUUACAUUGCUCGUCCCUGUCAGUUCAUCGCUUCACUGGACAGAAUCCAUGCCAAUUAGACAAGAACUGGCCAACCACUCUUCAUCUCCUUCACUGGCUUCUCUGCGUCUCGUAUAGUCUUUGCGUUACCCAAAUAUCUUGUCGAUGAUUACAACAAAUAUUCGUUCCUUGCUUGGACUCUCAGCCCUUUUACGUGUUGUUUUAAUUUUCUAUGGAGAAUGGCAAGACUCUCACAUGGAGGUCAGAUAUACAGAUGUUGAUUACUUUGUCUUUUCUGAUGCUGCUUCAUUAGUGGCUUCUGGGCAGUCCCCAUACAAAAGAACAACUUACCGGUAUUCACCUUUGCUGGCAUAUUUGCUUCUUCCAAAUUUGAUUAUUCAUCACUCUUGGGGGAAAUUUCUAUUCUCGGCUUCAGAUUUACUUGUGGGUUAUUUUAUCCAUUCCAUUUUGAAGCUUCGGGAAGUACCUAAGGAUCUCUGCAAGUAUUCUGUAAUGGUAUGGCUCUUCAAUCCAUUUACCUUCACCAUUGGAACUCGUGGGAACUGUGAGCCCAUUGUUUGUGCCAUGAUUUUGUGGAUCGUUAUCUGUCUUAUGAAUGGUAAUGUUUUACAAGCUGCAUUUUGGUAUGGACUUGUUGUCCACUUUAGAAUUUAUCCUAUAAUUUAUGCUCUUCCACUUGUCCUGGUUCUUGAUCCACUCUUCUUCCGAUCUGGUUUCAAGCCUAAACUCCAGAAUUGGAGUCGUAGACUAGACAAGAAUGCUCAAAGUUACAAUAAAAUGGGAGAUCAAUGUAGCUUAUGGAUGGCAGUGAAAACUAUAGUUGCAAGAGAGAGAAUAAUGUUUGCUCUAGUGUCGGGGGCUGUUUUCUUUUUUUGUACUGCACUUUUCUUCUAUUUAUACAGAUGGGAGUUCUUACAUGAGGCACUUCUAUAUCAUCUUACUCGCACAGAUCCAAGACACAAUUUUUCAAUUUACUUUUAUCACAUUUAUCUCCACUAUGAACGGGAGUUAUCGGUGGUGGAAAAGCUCAUCUCCUUUUUGCCUCAAUUUGUAGUACAGGUGGUUCUGAUAUUCAGAUUUGCUCAAGAUCUCCCAUUUUGCUUUUGUCUGCAGACAGUGGCAUUUGUAGCCUUCAAUAAGGUGAUAACGGCACAAUACUUUGUUUGGUUCUUUUGCUUGCUGCCCCUGAUACUGCCGUGGAGCAAAAUGAGGCUCAAGUGGGAAGGCUUCAGUUGCAUUCUUGUGUGGAUGGGGGCUCAAACUCAUUGGUUGCUGUGGGGUUAUUUGCUGGAAUUUAAGGGCAAGAACGUCUUCUUAGAACUCUGGCUUUCGAGCUUGGUGUUUCUGGCUGCUAAUACAUUCAUCCUCGUCAUGAUUAUUCGUAGGCAUAAAUACUCUCCCCUAUUCGAUCAGCUUGAAGCUGCAACCCUGAAGAAUGCAGAAAAACUUCAGUAAGGGAUUGAAUCCUUAUGGUUUUGCUGGUGUGUUUGACUAGUAGUUUAUGAUGAACUUUUACCCUGAAUUUUUAACCAAAAUUUAGAAGAAAUGUUUUCCAAUUUCUAAUUA